AGUUUCUCAACGGAAGUUAAUAUAUUUUGGUUACCUGAAGUUAAGUCGAAAUGGAAGGCUGCAAUUGGAGGAUGCGUAAGUGCUCAUGUGUUUAUCCUUUUAUAUUCUUUUAAAGUGUCCCCACUUCUUACUCAGGAAGGCAAUAUUUGUUACAUUUCAUUUGCUUUUGCACUGUAGUAAAAGUUUAAGAUCUCUGCUUAGCUACAUCGCAUUUAUAAGAAUUUCUUCAUGUUACGGCGCGCUCAAUCGGGUUAUUAGGCACGCCGGAAAAAUGGAAAAUCGUAAGAGUUGGCCAAAUAAAGCGGAAGCCGUGGCCAACAUUAUCAUAUAGUGCUUGAGUUUUAUCUCCCAACCUCUCUAGCGCGCUAAUAGAGAGUUUAAGAUCUACAACGCGGCCGGCUCAACGACGCGGUCUGAAUUUCAGCUAAAAAUGAACGCUAAGCAAUUUCAUUACUGUAAUAAAUGUUUGACGAUUUUCAAUUAACAUUACAAACUGCUAAGUUUGACUAAAGCGAUGCAAUGUUUGCUGUAAUUUCGACUUUAAGUAUCACCUUUUGGGUCGCAAUAAGCUUCGCGUUGCUUGAAAAACGUGUUAAUGCUUAGUUUAACGUUCUGCUGAGCAUGACAAAGCCGCCAUCUGCAUGGCUCUUACCAUCAAUCAAAGUAGCCAUCUCGGCUCUUACCAUCAGAAAAGAUGAUCAUCUAAUUCAAACAAAAGUUAAUCAAACAAACAAACAAACAAUCUACUUAAUUCAUUUUGCUCAGAUAAUACUACCAUUUUCGAGCUUCCGUGAAGCGUGCAUUUAUAACUAGGUUUUAAAACGUUUCUUCAGCAUGAGUUUGUCAUUCAAAACUUUUUAUUUCGCUCCUAAAACAUUUUGUUUUGACAUAAUAACUUCUGUGGGCUUGGUAUAAAACAUAUUGUUUUGCACGCAAAACUUUGAAUUUCGGCAUCAAAACUCAAAAGGGCACUUGUAUUACAGAGGUUUGUUACGUAAACAUAUCCGGAAGGUGCUAUAAAUCUGUUAUUUCGCUUUCUAUAGCAAUUUUGUCAGUAUAAAGUUAGUCCGUGUGAAAAAUAAGAAAAAAUUUUCGCGUGGAAAACAAUGUGCUUGACACCACGCCCACAAAAGUUAUUAUUGCAAAACAAAAAGUUAUGAUUGACAAACUCAUGCUGAAGAAACGUUUUGAAACGUAGUUAUAAAUGCACGCUUCACGGAAGCUCGAAAAUGGUAGUAAUGUUGACUUUAUUAAUCAUACUAACAUAGAUUUACUGUAUAUUGUUUAAAUCGUGGAGGUUUGCACUUGAACCGCAGAGGUAGCACGAUAAUGAAAAGAAACUAUAUGGAUUUUUUAAAUUGACGCGACAUCCGUCAGACUAACUCGGAAAUUUUGUAUUCGAAUAGGUUACCAUAUCUUAGGGGUUUCAAGAUGGCAUUACUGAAUAUUGUCAGUUUGUCGAAACACAUUGAUGAAAUUCGCUUAUUGUUAGAAAAUCAGACUGUUGAUAUUCUGGCACUCAAUGAAACAAGACUUCACCCUGAUAUUCCAAAUGAAUUUGUUAAUAUUGACGGAUAUGAUAUAGUUCGCAUGGAUAGGGACAACCACGGUGGCGGUGUCUGUUUUAAUAACAUUGAAACUAAAGCCACGUUUACACUACGCUCAAUUUUUGGUACGGCACGGAUAAAAUUGGUACCCGUACCACUUUUUUGGGUCUUGGAAUACCUAUAUUUUGAGCCCCGUUUACACUACGCUCAAUUUUUGGUACCGUACCACUUUUUUGGUUCUUGGACUACCUAAAUAGGUAGUCCAAGAACCAAAAAAGUGGUACGGGUACCAAUUUUAUCCGUGCCGUAGCAAAAAUUGAGCGUAGUGUAAACGGGGCUUAAACAUAUUUCUUCUAUAAACACGAUAUUAAAUUUAUAGCUUAGCCUUAGCUGACGUGGUGGUAUAGACAAAAAUACCAUACCAAUUAAAUUAUUUUCAAUUAUUAUGUAAUUGUAAAUUGUGUUGGGGGGGGGGGGCGAAAUUCCUGGAACACUGCAUCAUAGAAGAAUUAGCCUGCGUAGCAGGCGGAAUUCGCGGGCACGAGAGAAUGAGAAGCUAGAAAUACCGCCUGCCCAAAAACUACACAUUCUGAGUUCUCCAGCAGCUGGUAACGGCGCAUUCUGAUUGGUCAGAAUGUUGAUUUUGAAUUUUUGAUUGACAUGAGUAUUAAAGAAUUAGAAUAAUUAGGGCUAAUUUUCGAAGUUACUGUUGCCGUAUUUUAAACUAUUGUUAUUUUCGUAAUUGAUACCGAUAUAUCGAGUGAUGGCAUACACUAACGAAAAACUAACGAAUGUAUUAAUUGAGAGUUAAGCCUUGAAUUCUUUAAUCUUUAUCUGGAAUCGGUAAUCCCAUCGUCUUGAAAAAUGAAUAACGAAUAUCAAUCCAACAUGUGUUGCUUGAUAGAGAUGUGUUACCGUGAUAAAAGUGCAGAUUUGAAGAUACAGGCUCGUAAAUGACACUCUAAGUAGUGCUUUUGAUAGCGAUUGGAACAAGACUAUUACAAAGAAGUUACGUCCGAAGCGGCCGAAGUUAUGUUCGGCGAUCGGUAUGGCUAGUCUCGGCUAUAUUUUUGUUCAGACAAUUGCGUAAUUUGAUAAUAUACGAACUCGCUUGACUUUCAAAGCUCAUAAAUCGCUAUAACGCAUCGACUACAAGCCUAAAACUAUUGCAAUGAAUGAGGACACAUUGUUACACUGAAUCGAACGUGGUAUUUUUGUCUUCCUAGCAUUGAAUGAACCGAAGAUAUGAAACGUCAAACCGUAUAUUUGCACUGGUGCAAUACGUGAGUUUGACAAAUAAAUACAUUAAUUACCUGUAAGAUGGGCGGGACCAUGCGUUCGGUGGGCGGAACUCAGAAUGUGUAGUUUUUGGGCAGGCGGUAUUUCUAGCUUCUACCGCCUGCUACGGAGGCUAUAGAAGAAUGGUCCAGCACCAAGAAGAAUGGUAUUGAUGGUACCCAACAUGAAUACAAACAGAUUUUUAAAUACUUAUGUACUAUCUACUGCGAAUGAAAUGAAUAGAUCACGAAAGUAGAGUUAAUUAUAGUGAUCAUUAUUAAAGCGACAAUCACUCAGUUCUUUUAUGUUUCUUAGAAUAGCAUAUUAGAUGUAGUUUUGAAACGUUUUACAAUCAAUGUUCCAAUUAUAUUAUAAUUUUUAUCAACCUCGACCCCAGGGCCUUUGUGCUGACUUCGCGCUGAACCGGUCUAUCUAUUUAAAAACAUCUUUAAUUUAAUUUGCAAGAUGAAGUAGCGCUUGUAUAGUUAGAAAUAAGCGAAUGAAAUCCAUUUAAACAUUACACUAUAUACUUUGUUUACAACCGCAGGUUAAACUAUCGUUUACAAAUAUAAACUUCAUUUACUGCACAGAAGAAGUUUAAAAUAACCGCUGGGCUGCAAUUUUGUUUAUCUACCGCAUAUGCAGAAAUGCUUACCAAUUCGCACUAGUAUGUAAGGGACCGGUCAUUAGUUACAGGUGCUGAAAAGGAGGGGGUCAGAUAUUUUUGUUCAUGAAAAAAAGGGGAGGGGCAACAUUUUUCGGGCAAUAUAAAUGCCUGGCCCUAUGUUGUACCAUAAAACCUAGUAAACUCCAACACAACACCAUUUAUUAAACUGAUUUCAACAUAAACAUGUACAUUGCCACAGCCGUUGGCUCAAUAAAAUGUAAAGAAUAUAUAUAUUACAACACAUGUAUAUAGAGCAUAGUUGCCAACUCUCAUGGAUCCACCAUGAACAGAUUUUACUAAAACCUUACGGUGAGCUCACAGCUUUUUAAUAUCUCACGGAUUUCGAAAAUAAUUCAACUGGUUCUUAAAUAUGUUGGCUUUGUUGCACAUUUUAACAAUUAAGAGUGAUUUCAUUUGCGUCAAAUUACAUAAAACGUUUUUUUCUGAAAAAUUCACGCCAUUUAUAAUUAAACCAAAAAUAAAUAGUCAAAACAUCACUUCAUGCAAUCUCGUACUCGUGGGUAUUCAACAGUAUGGUUCUGUAUAAUUAUCUAAAUAAAAGCUACCAAAAUUUGUUUGUAUACGGUGAAGAAGACUUUGAAAAUGCCAUUUUCAACGAUCUAGACACUACAUAUUUUCAAAACUCCCUCGCUCGGCGUCAACUAUGGUUGGUGCCUCGUAGCCCCCUCCCCCCAGGAAAAUCUCACGAAUGUUUUUGUCAGAAAGUUGGCAACUGUCAUAGUGUAGUAUGAUUAAAUGUAGCUUCACUUUAAAUGAACUUUAAAUUACGAAUGUGCCUUUUGUUAUUUACAUGUAGGGGGGGGGAGGGGGGGGCUCAAGUAUAAUUGUGUUAUCCUUUUUCAAUUGCACAAGCCCCCCUGUAAUUAAUAAUCGUUCCCUAAUAAUUGCAUUCUUUCUUUUAGGAUCCGUUAUUGUUCUUGUUAUUACUAAUCUGUUGCCACUUGCUAUGACCCUGUAUGAAGACCUUGGCUAUCUUUGUGUUCAAGAAGUUCAAGACGAGGAAUAUAGUAAGUCAUUCGAAAACAAUUCAAACAAGCAAUAUUUUUAGAACAUUUCAAGGUAUAGCCCCUCAUUUUUGAGCUGGCGUAUAAUAAGCUAAUUCAGAGUCUCAAAAUACAGGUAUGAGUUGAGAAGUUGCAAUUUGUAAUAUAUCUUUCCUUGCAUAUAUCUAUCAUUGUCUCGAUAACUGGAUUUUUGGCAUUGCCUGGAGCGUCCAAAUGCACAAGUAGAUAAAAAUGUGCACAGUUUGUCUAGUACUGCACGCAUGUUAAAACCUCCCGAUCGAAAUAUUUUUCAUGUCAAAACAUUUUCACGCUAUGCUUUAAUAAAUGUACUUCGAUAAACGUUUACGUAAUUUAUCAUUUUCAUUCACAGAGGCUGUUCAAACCAUUAUAUCGUACAACGCCACACCCUACCCAUUCGUGACCAACGGCACCAAUAUCACCUUAACAUGCGCUGGGCGUUCGGUUGAUUUUGUAAACCUUCCAGAAGAUCAAUCAUAUAUGAAAGCCGUCGAAUUCUAUAAGAACAAUCAACUUCUUCGCAAAUGUAUAGAAGACCCAUACCUUCGUUUUAGAAAUCUAUCCUGCAGCGCGACCGUGACAGGAGUCGUCAACAAUGAUAAAUUCAUGUGUAUUAUCCGAGCAUCCUUUGCUCCAUGCAACGCCGCUCAGAUUCGUUUUCAAGUUGGAAGUAAGUUCUCCUAAUCUUAAGUCUCGGUAUAGAAAAAAGGAAUGUUUUCGUCCAUGCCAUGAUGCCACAAAUAUUUUAAUGAGGUGAAAGAUGGAAUAUUUCAAUCACAAAAUUCGCAGAAUGAAGUUAUUCUUACAUCAUCGCACGAGCGAAAUCAUUGAUUCUUUGUUUUAUACCACACCCAAAUAUCAAUGGCAAUAUUCUAUAAUUAAACUAAAUGAAAUAAAAAUCAAAACAAAUACAUACCUGAAGUACAUGCACAAUGUUCAAACAAGCCCGCAAAAUGUUUGAAUUAUGCGCGAAUUAUGGAUUUGAAUUUCACUGUUUUGGCCUCGUUAUAAAAAUUUAAUAGGGUGUUGUAUAAUGUAUAAUAUUAUACCACAAAUUCAACUCGUCCGAUCGAAAAACCCUAAUGCUUUGAUUUUUACGGUAUUUCCUCAAAUCCAUGAUUACGCAAUGCACCGUGCGAUGCUAUGAUAUAUCACCUCAUGCCGGCUUACGCCUUAUUACGCCCUUAGCAUGAUGUAAAAAUAUGGCGGAACAAGACAUAGGAACAAAUCAAUAAAACCUCGAAAACUAAAGAUUUCUUGCAGAUCUUUACGUCAAUAUUAGGAGUAUGUUACCUUUAGUCAUGAUCUAAAGGAUACAGGUCCAACUAUUUCGAAGGGGAAACGUCAAAAUAAAGUAUUCGCCCAUUUUCUCGAAUACUCGAGUUCGCCCCUGAACACUGUUGAGAACAUGGUUGACAAAGUCUAAUUAUCUAACAAUUAUUCGCCGAAGGAGAUGUGAUUAUCGGGGAAUAUUCGCCGAGACGAAGUCGAGGUGAUUAUUCCCCGAUAAUCACCGAGCCUGAGGCGAAUAAUUGUUUUAAUAUUUUUGCACAAGUUCUUUUGUGUUUUUCUGGUCUGAAUUCAUUUUAAUUUCUUUAUCACUACUAACUUCAACAAAACGGCUAGCCGCCAAUUUGAAAAUUUCGAUCGCAUUAUAUUCACCUGUAGGUGAAUAUAACAGAUUAAUACGUCAAAUUUGACCAAUCACCUUGUAAGAUUUGUUAUGUUCACUUGUACAAAAAUACUAAAGAAGGACACAGAUUAAUUGAUCUAAUUGGGUAUAACUGAACUUCUCCCUAACAUUAACGCUAAUACCAUAUUUCCAGAUCCUGUAGCUCCACAUGUUUCACGUUUAUUUCCGACUCUUAAAUACGAUGACAGGAAACUGGAAAUGACCUGCACAGGCACAGGGAUUCCUGAGCCUAAUGUGGCGUGGUUGUUAAAUGGUUCUUUGAUCGAUGACACAAGUACUGAAAAGGCGAUAAAUGCUGUGGUUGAUACCAAACUAGCAGACGUCCAAAAUGGAACAAAUUCAUAUCUUGUCAAUUCAAAAAUUGUUAUUACUGAUAGGAAAUUUCCGCUACAUAUUCAGUGUGUUGUCAAGAAUGAGAUGGAUGAAAUGUAUUCAGAGAAUGUCUACACAUUGUACGUUGCAAGUAAGUACCAUUAUGUUGACCUUUGUAGAAACUAGUGCAACUUUGAAAUAUAACAGACAUUUGAUCUUUGUCAUACAAAGACAGAAAUAAUUGGAUAGCGAUGCACAGGGCCAAUUUUAUGAAGCAUAGAUAUCACUACACUGGUGUGAAACUUCGCGAUCUGAACGGCAAGCAUGAUAUUUUAAUGCAAUCUUGACGUGUGGAGUAGAAAGCAAUGCGGCCAUAAAGAAGAACGAGUUGGAAGAGUUAUGUGCCUAUGCCCGAGGGAGGAAAUGUUUGCAUAUAAAUAAUUCAGCUAUGAAACUCGUGAGUGGCAAUUCUAGAAUUAAGCCAAAUGAAAGGUACUUGAAAUUAAACCCAGAUUGUUAAACAUGAAAGUAAUUUCAAACCACAUGUCAGGGGAUACAGUCAUAGGAUACAGGCAUGCUUCAUUUCCUCUCGCUCCCUGUGGGUACUAUUUGUGCAAACAGCCCAUUAUACUUGGGGCAGGAGGACAACACAAGACUUUAUUACAAUAUAAAUCCUUCACUUCCAAGACCGGGAAGCAUCUUGAAUCAAGGCACUGGGGUAAUUUUAAUUUUAUUUCAGAUGGAAAGUAUGAGAAAGCACAUAUAUACUUAUGAGAUUGGAAUUGUUCUCUUCCCAAAAACCAAGUACUUCCAGAAAUAGUGGCUUAAAAACAUUUAACAUUGAUAUCGUUUUACUAUGAACUUAAUUUUAAAAAUAGUUUAUUAUUCACACGUAAGGUAAGCCUGUAAAAUGACGCUUUUAAGGUUUUACUUAAUCAAAUCACCUGUUUGCAACUCCUCCUUAAUUAUGACCAAGUCUUAUAUAGGUAUCACUGGGAAAUUUCUUGCGAUUUCAGGCAACCAACUACCCUUACCGGAGGAUUUUACCUGUUAAGUGAGAAGUAAACAUGCAAAGGUGAAUGACUGCAUGUGAUCAAUGAUUCUGAAAAGGUUUUCCCUACCUUGCAUUCCUAACAUUCCUGCCUUAUUAACCAAAAUACAAUAGAAAGUAAAAGGAUUUAUUAUUGAAAGAAAAAUUAGACUGUCACAGAUCAGAACUCGUCAAACACAAGUUUUAAAAGUACACUGCAUGUAUGUUGGUCAUAGGGUAGUCAUGCAACCUUAGUAACAUCCCACCGCUAACCAACAGUAGCAAUUGCAAGCUUAAAUCAACAACAAAGAGCGGUAUGCUAAUCGUAUCUGCUAUAUAUGUUUUUAUAUAAGAAGAGUUACAGAUUUUGCUGCACGAGUCAGGUGACAACACUUCAAUUGCCCAUUAAUUGAUUGUAGUACCGUAUAGAGUAAUAUAUAAGUGCAUGCAUUUGUAUAGCGAGUUAACGCUCUAUGGUCAUAGAGCAACUUCUUAUCAUCUUGUUCAUCAGACGAACAAAUAAAACCUAUCAUUUGAAAGAUCUCUAUAUAUAUGACCUUUGAAGUUGCAGUGAAUGAUACUUAACAUUUUGUAAUUAGUGCAUAAUAUUCAGAAUUAAAUUGAAUGUUCCCGUACAUUGCAGUAAAUUCCCUUUUAGAGAACCUAGAAUGUACAAUCUUCUGUUUAAGCAUGCCCCUGGAACUCCUGUGGAGCUCUGUCACGCCUAAAAUAUUUCUUUCCUGCAAGCAUGUAAAUAUGAAACGAUAUCAUGUAAGAGAUAAUCAUAACUGCAGGUGAUGUCAAGGGCGUCCACACAGAGGCGUGCAUGAAGGGGGCUGAUUUUCUCUGGCGCCCCAGUUAAAGAAGGGCCCAAAAUAAAGAAUUACAGUGAAAUUAUACGUAGAUAUAGCUGUUACCAGACUUCCAGAAUGCAGGAUUUUGCCAUUUCUUGAGCCUCAAGAUUCAUGAAGGGCUCCAAGUCAAAUUUUGCCUUAGGUCCCCAAAUUUCCCUUCGAGAAAAGGGUAUGUUGGCUUUUUAAUAUCAGGGUAUGUUGGCUUUAUAAUAUAUUUUUUUUUGUGGUUACACAUUAUUAGAAGGCAGUCUUCAGAAAUUUUUAGGGCGUUGCUUCUGCUCAGCUAAACUUUGCACAAAAAUGUGCAGUGAUAAAUGAUUCUUAAAAUUAGAUAUGCAAUUAUAAUUAGUAAACUCUAAUACAAUAAAAGUAUUAUAUUAUAUGUUUUACUAUAUAAUUUAAUGUUAAGAUUUAUUACCUGGCACAAUAAUCGUAAAUUAGUUAUCGACAAACAAUGAUUUCUGGCCCAAAAUGACGUCUCAAACACGCAUGGAGAAUGAAAUAUAUCACACUAAAUUACUAUUGUUAUUUUCUUUCUACAUUUUAGUCAUAAAUGUGAAAUUAACCACAGCAACGGUUCACUGGCUUGGGCAUCCAGAUAUGAAUACCAAUUUCCUUUCUGGUUUUGUCUAUAAUGUUUCCUUGAAGUGUGGAAAAGAAUACAAUGAAACAAUGAGAAUAUACAACAGAUCAAGUGUUACAUUCAAUAACCUAACAAUGGGCAGAAGAUACACAGUAAAGAUUCAAGCAUUAAACAAGAUGGGUGAUCUAGCAAUAGGAGCUCCCUCGUUUUAUUUACCAGGUAAAAGAAAAUAGAUUAGUACCGUUGGAAGCAAUUGUGCUCCUAAAGCCUCAAAAAGACAUAGUCCGUAAUUUCUAUGCGGUCUUUUAGCAAAAUGGUGAAUUUCUUGCAUUUAAAAGUUCCAUAUUUAAUUGUAAUGCACCGUAUAACCAUGCACUUACAACCUCAUCCUCAAGUUUUGAGCCAACGUUUGCUCUGUACGUGCAAUCCAUAGAAAUAAUAGACAUAGAAUGCGUGCUCCUACCUUUUCUAAGUAAAAUUUUGUCUCCACAAAAUGGCGGAAUUAUAAGGGCAUUAUGCAUGGCUAUUGUCAGACUCCUGCAGCAAGGAAUUUCGCGCGUUUGCAGGGAGUGCGCGAAAUGUUGGGGUUUUUUUCAAGUUUGCAAAAACAAUUAUAUCGAGACUUAAGUAGAAAAAAGUCUUUAAAGUAGAAAAAGUGUCUCUCUUUCAUCUGGAACGCCAACAUGGCCACUAUGGCUUUUGUUGAGUUGGUCACUGGGGAAUGAGUACAAACGCUCUAUAUUUACAUUUCCACAAUAUCAUGCAUUUAACAACACACUAUAACUCCCAAAGACAAACUCCCAAAGCCAAAGCAUAUCUACCUUAACAAGGUAACGUCACGAAAAUCUUGGAUUGGAUGGGAAAGUAUUUCUGAAAACACGACAAUUCAUAGUGCAUUACUGGGAUAUAAAGUGGUAUUGAUUGGCAAAUACAGAAAAUUGAAUAUAACUUUGGCAAAUGACGCAAAUAAUGUUGUGUUACCACAUUUGAUUCGUAAAUCGGAAUAUAUGAUAACUGUAUAAGUGGAUUUACACAGUAUGACGAUGGGAGAAUUCUGGAAUACACAACAUUGGGUAGUGUUGUAUUGCGCCAAUUUUUCCUGUACAUCAUUAUAGUAAUACUGCAGCUAUACUCAGUGAAUUCUUAUGAGCUCAAAUGCAGUAACAUAGCAGAGAUUUAUUGUUCACUCUGUUGUUCUAAGGUUUCAUUAUAUGAUAAAAUCCCGAAUUUAUAAGAUAUUUAUGGAGAUAUACCAAGAAAAUGGAGAUCGUUUUCCAAUUCCGCAAUUUGUUUUUUUGGAAAUUUUGAAACGCAACAGCGAUAUAGAGCUACUUAUAGACUUUUGCCGCGAAAGUUGUAAUUACCAUUGUCAACACUUAGCAAUCCGACCGUGAUGUGAAUUUUACACGCAAAUACGGCGUAGUCAAAUUUAUAAAGCGGUAUGAAUGCACCUGUAGUUCGAAACUGUUUCGUUACCAUUUCUUUCAAUGUUUCCCUGACUCCCUUUCCUUUAUUUUCGGCUGGAAUUUCCAAGCUAAGAGUUCUGCGGAUUCCUGACCUGAUCUGAUCGGGUUUGUGUGCGUUUGUCUGAAAACAAUUGAAACUGAUUGGCUUAACGCGAAAUACGAUCGCAGUGUUAGCGAAGUAGGAGGAGCAGAUGGCAGACACUGCUAAAACCAGGCCAAGUCGUUUAUCAUCUUUUUCUCCGCACAAAAUUUUCACCAAUUCUCUUUACAUAUACAGAAAUGCAGAGCUUGCGUUUUGUUCAAUAUCAAUUUGUUCAAUUUGUUUAAUAUUUUGUAGGACGCUGUUAAAGGAGCAAAAAUGUGUUUGGAUUCUUGAAUUAAUGCAAUAUUUUUCCAUUCAUGCGCAACUUUCUAACUAGUGCUGCCCGAAAUUGAAUUAGGAUUUAUCUACUCUGGUUUGUAUCUAAAUAAAUACAAAACAUGCCGAAAAUGCGAACACGGUUUUGUAACUUGACUAUUCGAGAUGCGAAAUAUCUUAUUUUGAAGGCUCCUGCGAAAACCAGAAGAGGAGAAAUCUCGUCUUAAAUAAGACAUUAUAGCACCUUAACGUUUAAGGCUAGCAUUUUUUGUUAGGUUUAUUCUUUAAUAGCCACUUAGCACUACCCUUGCCAAAACGUGACCUCGUAAUGAGAAUUUUUCUGACAAUUAUCAAAGGCAUCUAUCAUGUGAUAUAUCCUGAAGUUGAUGUACAUGCAUGUGUGUUUCUGUCAGUAAGUCAACGAAUGAGUAUAGGGUUGUGCUAAUCAUCCUUAUUUGCAGCUGAGCCAAUGCAACAAUGCCUAUAAUAACGAUAAUUGAAUUUGGAUUACUCGAACUUUUCACAGCCAACAGCUUCAUCACAGAUAAGUAGGAUCUUCAGAUGACUCCAGCUUUGGGCAAAGCCACAGUACAGCAGAUUUCCAGAUACUACAGCGACCUACAUUUCAGUUGUUCUAACUAUGUUAGAGUUAAACACCUUCCAAACUUUCGUCCACCAAACAACCUAUCACAAAGCUACGACAUAUAGAUUGUAAAUCUUGUUGGUUUUAUCUAACUAUAUUAGAGUUAAACACCUUCCAAACUUUCGUCCACCAAACAAACUAUCACAAAGCUACGACAUAUAGAUUGUAAAUCUUGUUGGUUUUAUUCCUCAAAUUCCAUUUCUACAUAUACAGUACAUAAUAUUGAAUUAUUACCUAUAGAUGUAAUUCCCGCUCCAAAGAACGUGAAGAUGACCAGUAUUUCGGCAAAUUUUGCCAUUGUCCAAUGGAGUGUAAUUGAACGACAAGAAGAAAAAUACGAUAGAGUAACUGGCUAUAUAGUCACUGUUAUAAACGAGACAUAUUUCUUUACUAUCAAAGUAUCAAAUAGCAGUUCGUCCGUUUCUAUAAACCAUCUUUUGUCGAAUACGAGCUACAGAGUUUCAGUCGUCGGGCUCAGCGAAGAAACUGAAGGAAUGCCAAGUGAAUGGAUAAGUUUCAAAACAAGUUUAACUCAGGGUAAGUUUGAGCGGUAA